UCUCCGUUUAAUAACUGGCUGCCACAAGUACCAACUCGUUGACGUGAUCCAUAGAAAUGCUCGCAUUCCACUAGUCAAAGACUACGUAAAAGAACUGACUUUACGCCACAUUCAUCGAUUGGAAGGCCAUCGCAGCCAUUUGGCUUUGUCAUUACUCGACAACAGCGAAACUCAAAGAAGACUAAAAAGACGACACAUACUCGACAUAUUCUUUACUGCAGACACAGGAGAUCCUUAAGACAUUCCCCACCACUUCAUAGAAUUCACCACCCAUCAAAGAAACAAACAAUUUCCAAAUCACUAUCAAGCUAAACCCUAAACCACACGUCGAGAAAAGAAAUUUCCCCAUAAAAAUAAAAAUCCUCGCGGCAAUAGCACCCGUUAGGAACGGAACAAAGCAACUUCACUAAAGCUGAGUAAAUUCAAAUCACCCGCCCGGCUGUCAGCCAACAGGGAAUCCCCCCCACCACCUCACCGACCUGGAAGGUCGUCAGCGAGGCCUCCCUCGCCUCGCCAAGCUCUAUGAACCCCUGCGAUUGGUAGUACACUCCCGAUCGCCCCCACGCUAUCACAACGCUACAACGGUCGCCGAUUGGCCAAAAGCCAGAUUGCACCAUACUCAAACCAACAACAACAGUUUGCCCAUGUGUCUUGCUCAUUUCUCUCUUCUGUAAAAUUUUUCAUAUCCAUAUCCGUUUACCUCCAAAAAACACUUACGCCCUGUGACUAUCGAAUAUAUUCCUCAGGCUCAACGUUCUUCUAAACGUUCUCAUAGCUGGAGAUCUUGGUAUAACAAAAUCAUGUCCGAGCCUGAAGAUGACGAUCGCUCAAGUUCCUCAUCUGAAGAAGAGGAUGAAGAUGCAAAAGGAGUUACAGAAGAGAUAGAAAAGAAUUUUCUGCGAACCUUGAGCUGUUUAAGGAAGAAAGAUCCAAAAAUUUAUGAUUCAAAUGUCAAAUUUUUCAAUGAUGAGCCGUCAGAAGCCAACAAGGAGUCUGAGACCGGGAAGAAAGAUAAAAAGAAAUCAAAGAAGGAAUCAAUGUCAGUACGACAAUAUGAGACCAAAUUAUUGCUAGAGCAUGGACCUGAAUUUGUUGAAAAAGAUGAAGAUGAAGCAGACAUCCAAGAGCCCUCUUCUCCAACUUAUAUCGAAGAGCAAAAAGUUUUGAAAGAAAAUUUCAAGAAAAUUUUGGAUGCAUCAGACUCAGAGGAUGAUAGUGAAGGUUUGUUCAAGGUGAAAGAAAAACACAAAGAAGAGAAAGAAAGAGAAGAAGAGGCUUUCAGAAAGUGGUUGAAAGGCCAGAAAGAAGAUAUCGAAGAUAAUGAAACGAAGAAGGAUUUGCAGUAUCUGCACGAUUGUUGGACCGAUCCCAACAUUGAUAAAUCUGAAGAAUUUUUGAAAGAUUAUAUUCUGAAUAAGAGAUACUUGGAGAAGGACGACCAGUCAAAUAAAACGGAAUUGGAAGAUCUGUCUGAGGAAGAAGAAGAGCUGAAAAAAGCUGAAGAAUUUGAAUACAAGUAUAACUUCCGAUAUGAAGAGCCUGACAGAGAAUUUUUAAAAAGAUAUCCACGAGAUAUUGAGUCCUCCAUGCGGCGCAAGAAAGAUAAGCAAGAAAAACGCAGGCUCCAGAGAGAAAAGGCGAAAGAAAGGAAGCUCAAGAAGUUCGAAGAAAAGCAGAAAGAAGUGGCUGAACUCAAAAAGAAGAAACGUGAGGAACUUGUUGAGCAAAUAAAAAAACUUAAAGAUCUCACUGGAAAUGACAAACUAGCAUUUGAAGAUGAGUUAAUGGAUGAAGACUUUGAUUCUACUAAGUUUGACCAGAAAAUGGAAGAGGUUUUCAAUAACGAUUUCUACAAUGACGAAGAUACAGAGAAGCCUGUUUUCGAGGAUGAUGAUUUUGAUUACAGUUACUAUGAGAAUCAAGAAGCUGAUCCUGAGGAUCCAAAUUUUGUGAUGGACUGUGAUUACAACCCUGAAGUUGCCAAACAAAAGAAGCUAGAGAAAAAGCUGAAAUCAAAAGACAAAAAGAAAAAUGCUCUCACCUCUACUGAAUCGACCGAACUUCCGGAUGAAAUAAAAUCAAACGCUGAGGCCUUCGAAAAGUAUAUUGACGAAUUUUACAAGUAUGAUUUUGAGGAUUUGAUUGAUGAUCUUCCCUGCAGGUUCAAAUACUCCAAAGUUGUUCCUAAUAGCUAUGGUCUAACCAUAGAUGAGAUCCUCGCAGCUGAUGAUGAUGAAUUAGAAAAGUGGUGCUCCAUCAAGAAAGUUGACCGGAUUAGAUCAGAACACGCUGAGAAAAAUGAAGCAAAAAUUUACGCUGCUAAAGCUCGAGAUGAAGCUUUGAAAAGAAAAAUUCUCCCUAGUUUGUAUAAGUACAAGGAAGCGGAAGAAUUCGAUACAAAACCUGAAGAUGAGAAGAAGAAGAAAAAGAAAAAGAAGAAGAAGAAAUCAGAAAAUUCUACACCAGUGACCAACCAUGCCUCAGAUGGUGACUCAAUGGCAAUUGAAAAUACUUCUAUCAAAGAAGAAAUAGUAAACUCAAUGGAGAAUAGUCAUGUGGGUGAACUGGUAAAUUCUGCCUCUAAAGUAGGGAUUGAAGAAGCUGGUAAUUCUAAAAAAAAGAAAAAGAAGAAAAAUAUGGAAGAUGAAACUACUUCCCAAGUUGCUAAGUUGAAUGUAGAAGCCACUAAUAUUAAGCAGGAAGAGGAUAGUUUUAUUGGGGAAGAAUUAGAAAAUUCAACCGUAGGUAACCUAGAAAAUUCUCACUCAAACACAGAGAUAAAAGAAUCCUGUGAAUCAAAGAAAAAGAAGAAAAAAAGGAAAAGGCUGGAAGACAGUGUGUCAGAAGAAGUUGUGAUAAAUGAAGCUGUUGCUGACACAAGUUUAUCACCAAAAAAGAAGAAAAAAAGGAAUUCAGAGACUGGAAAUGAUGCAGAUGAGUCUGUUGUAAUUUCAAACCCUAACGCACCGAUGAAACAGAAAAAGAAACAAGUGAAAACAGAAAGCAAAAUGAAUUCAAACAGUGUUCCGGCCAGAAAUGACCACAACUCACCAAACAAAAAUAAAAAUCGAUUCUCUAAAGCAUCCUCUAGAAAUUCAAGUGAAUUCAAGUUUAAGAAGAAUAAUAAUUUUAAUUCAUUUGGAAAGAAUCGUAAGAAUGACCAUGGUGGAAAAUUUACGUCUGAUAAUGACAAAUUUUCAAAUAGUAAAUUCAAAAAUCAUAACAAACUUAAAUCAGGGAAAAAUAUCAAACCGUGGCAGAAGUCAAAAAUAGAAAGUAAUGAUAAAUUAGGUCUUUCAGAUGCGCGUUUGGAAGCGUACGGUAUCAAUCCUAAAAAGUUCAAGAAUAAAUUAAUCUAUGGCCCUAAAAACGUAUGAUCAAUCAUCAGAUUUUAAGGAAACUCCAUUUCAUCCCAAGGACUGGUUUCGUUUUCUUGUACAAAUCCAUUAAAAUACACUUACAAACAAUCAUGUUCACAAAAAACUAAUGUAUUAUUCUUUUACCAGAAAGGUAAGCAAUAUUCAGAUCUGAAAUUUUGUACGUCUAUUCGUACGUUUGGAUGGUCUGUAAUUUUCUCAUGCUUAAAUUAUGAUUCUAUCAAUAUGAAAAAAUCACUAUUCAAUGGGAUGAAAUAGUUCGAUAUUCAGAUUUCGUAUGAUCCUUCUGAGAAUGAGUUUAAGUGAUGUAAUAUUGUGACCACAGACAAAUCUAUGAUAGAGCUUGAAGGUAGAUCAGAGUAAGGCCCUGUCCACACGAGCAAGGUUCGAGGAACUUAUUCGACAAACUGCUCAGUUUCCCGAAACUUGUUCCUUAAAACGAGGCAUGCUGUCCACAUGAGUUUGCCCGAACUGAAACCAGAACUUCAAUAUAAAACUAUACAAUUUUUGCAAAAUAAUAGAUUAAUACGGCCGCGAGAGAAACAAAAACAAAUGGCAAGACAGAAAGGACGUAAAAAACAAAUGAAAAAAAAAAUAGAGAGAGACACAGGAGCUCAGAGUUUGGGGAAAGUUUCGGGGUUUGGAGGAAUAAGUUUUAACUCAGCUAAAACUGGUUUCGGGAACUAAUUCCCGGAACUAAGUUCCGCGAACUGCGCUCGUGUGGGGACAAGGCCCAAGAGAAGUUAUUCUGCCACCAAGCCUUGUUUGUAUACCCAUACACUCCAAAUUCCUCCUGAUAAUGACAACAGAUCACCGUGGAUGGUGUCUGCUCGUCCAUUUUGAUGAAGAUUAUAUCGUGGAUAUCAUAAUUUAUGAAAGUUGGCUUUUUGAAGGCAAGGCCCCCCCCCUCCCUCCACCGUAUCGAUGAAUAAAGAUUCAGGCAUCAGUAUGGCAACAACCAAUAAUCAAUUUGUCAUUUAUUUUAAUGACAUAAUUUACUUACUUCAGCACAACUUGACUUAUUUAUAAACAAUGCUUAGUGUUUUAAACAAGUGGAAGCUCAGUAGCAUUCUUAAGAAUUUUGUCUAAGAGUUUUUUAUGUUACUUUUUGGAAAUCAGGACCUCAUAAUUUUAAUGCCUAGUUUUAAAAGUUAAAAACUUAACACUUCCAUGUGUUAAAAGCUGUUUUUAUCUUUCCGAUAAAAAAAUGUUGACAAAUAGCAGUUUCUCUCAGUUUUCUUCCCCCUAUUUAAUGUAUGGAAUAAAACCUCUGUGAUUCUUCUUUGACCUCUGUUCUACCUUUUAAAUCCCCCAAGCAACAUUUGAAGGUCAGCAUUUGGAAUUGAAUUUCGAAUCAAAAGAUGCAAGAGGAAAUAUUGGCUUUGCAGAAUAAUGAACGAUCAGUCCUUGUACCUAAUUUAUGAUAUAGCAUUCAUUUUUUUAUUUUUGGUUGAAAUGUAUCCCUUAAGUUUGAAAAUACAAUUCUAAUUCAAUCAAGUA